AUGAAUGGAUCCCUGGAUGUGGAUGGAUCCCUGGACGUGAAUGGAUCCCCGGGUGUGGAUGGAUCCCUGGGUGUGGAUGGAUCCCUGGGUGUGGAUGGAUCCCUGGACAUGAAUGGAUCCCUGGACAUGAAUGGAUCCCUGGGGGUCGGACACCAUGACCUCUGUGGAUCUCUCCCUCGAUAUUCCCCAAUCCCCGAAAUUCCCACACCAGCCUCUCCAUCCCGGCACCGCAUUCCCGAGGAAAAGCGGGAGCAGCCUCACGCAGGGCUGCUGGGACACCCAUCCCUGUCCCCUGUCCCGUUCCAGACCAGGAGCUCCCGGCACUCCCAGGGCUCCCAGCCUGGCCUGGCCGACCAAGCCAAGCUCUCCUUCGCCUCGGCCGAAUCCCUGGAGACGAUGUCGGAGGCGGAGCUGCCGCUGGGAUUCAACAGGAUGAACCGGUUCCGGCAGAGCCUGCCGCUGUCCCGCUCCGCCAGCCAGACCAAGCUGCGCUCCCCAGGGGUGCUGUUCCUGCAGUUCGGGGACGAGACCAGGCGGGUGCACAUCACGCACGAGAUCAGCAGCAUGGACACCCUGCACGCCCUCAUCGUCCACAUGUUCCCGCAGAAGCUCACCAUGGGCAUGCUCAAAUCCCCCAACACCGCCAUCCUCAUCAAGGACGAGUCCCGAAACGUCUUCUACGAGCUGGAGGAUGUCCGGGACAUCCAGGACAGGAGCAUCAUUAAAAUCUAUCGGAAAGAGCCGCUCUACGCCUCCUUCCCAGCCUCGCACAUCACCAACGGCGACCUGAGGCGGGAGAUGGUCUACACUUCCCGGGAAUCCUCUCCCACCCGCCGGCUCAACAACAUCUCCCCGGCCUCCCACCUGGCCUCCGGUUCCCCCCCGCCCGUGCUGCAGUCCUCGUCGCCGUCCCGCUCCCGCAUGUCCUACAGCGGCGGUCGCCCGCCCUCGUACGCCGGUAGCCCGGUGCACCACGGCGA